UUCUUUUCAGUCGGAGGAUCGCAAUUUUUCCGUUUGGCGUCCAGUUCUUUAACAAAGUCAUUUACUAAAAAAUUCCUAAUCCGGCCACUUCAUUGUAGCUUUCAGCAGGAAUUUUGUAUGGUAAAAUGUAGAACAACGCCUAGACCAUCUUUAAAUGGUGUCUUUUUGAUCCCAACAACUAACCACAUCCUAUUGCCACAUAAAUCCUAUUCAGUAAAAACUGAGAAAUCUCCGACGAAGAUAGUGCAAUUCAAACUGUCAGAUAUUGGGGAGGGUAUCAGGGAAGUCUUGCUGAAAGAAUGGUUCAUAACGGAGGGCGACAAAGUAGCCCAAUUUGACAGUAUAUGCGAGGUGCAGAGCGACAAGGCCUCGGUCACUAUCACCAGCAGGUAUGAUGGUAUCGUUAGAAAGUUGUACCAUGCCGUUGACGAUACUGCCCUUGUCGGCCAGCCCUUGGUUGACAUUGAGGUCGAGGGUAAUCUUGAAGGCUUAUCCACAAAUGAUAACAUCACAUCGUCGUCAUCUUCUUCUUCAUCUGAUAGUGAUGAUGAUGUCAUUGAGGCCAAGGAUGGACUGAAGAAAGAAGAGAGGAAGGUUAUAGCAACACCGGCUGUUCGCCAUUUAGCCAGUGUUAAGAAGGUUGAUCUGUACAAAGUGACUGGCUCAGGCAAGCAUGGCAGAAUAUUAAAAGAGGAUAUCUUUGCUUAUUUGAAAUCUUUGGAAACUGCAGCCAUAGAAGUGAACCCUCCAUCCACAACCACAACAAAACAACCCUUACCACCACCAACAACGGCCUCAAUAUCGUUACCAACAUCUACGACGUCAGUUACGCGACCCGACCCAGUUUUGCCCUUGAUUUCUAGGUCAGUGGAAGCCCCAAAAGACAGAGUGGAGGUCAUAUCUGGAAUGAAGAAAGCCAUGGUGGCCUCAAUGACUGCUGCCAAUUCUGUACCACAUUUUAGUCUCUGUGAUGAGGUGAAUGUUUCAGAGUUAGUUCACAUGAAGCCCUUCAUGAAGGAGACGGCACGGAAGUACGGUGUCAAGUUUUCAUAUACCUCUCUAUUUGUUAAAGCAGCAUCCCUUGCCUUGCUCCACUACCCAAUCUUGAAUUCAUCUGUUGAUGAAGAAUGCAAGAACGUAAUAUACAAGGGUUCACACAAUAUCGGAGUGGCUAUGGACAGCCCAAAUGGUUUAAUCGUCCCUAACAUUAAAAACGUCGGUCAGUUAAACGUACUUGAAGUUGCUUCAGAACUUAGCAGGCUAAUGCAACUGGCCGCCUCCGGAAAAUUAGGGUUGGCCGAUUUGACGGGUGGAACGUUUACGCUUUCCAAUGUCGGAAUGAUAGGAGGAACGUAUACGAAGCCAGUCAUAUUCGUGCCUGAGGUUGUCAUAGGGGCCCUUGGUUCGAUUACAAAAGUUCCAAGGUACGAUGGCGAGGGUAAAGUCGUUCCGGCCCACGUGAUGAACAUCAGCUGGUCAGCUGACCAUCGGGUCAUUGACGGGGCAACUUUAGCUAGGUUUUCUAACCUCUGGAAAUCUUAUCUGGAAAAUCCCGUCUCAUUUCUCCUGCACCUUAGAUAAUAAUUAUGAUCAUAAUAACUUAAAAUAAUAAUUAUUUUAAUAAGUAAUUAUAUAUAUAUAAUUAUUAUAUAAUUUAUUUAUUUCACACAUGCGUAUUCACGCUUACUGUGUCUUGAUUUUAAGACCCUUGUCUUCAGUUAGACUUAAUUGCCAUAUUUGUAGAUUUAUUUUUUCAUAUAAACUCAUUUUUUAUGAUACAUUCACGUACGUAUCUAGAUAUAUGUGCGCUCAUUUCUUUAAAUGAGUGUGUAUGUUAGUCCGUGUAUUUACAUAUUAUAUGCGUACUGUACUUAUUUAUAUAAGGUACACGGAUGUUUGGUAUAUAUAUUUUACAAUUUUUUCAUUAUAUAAUUAUGAUCUGCUGGUUAUUCAUUUAUUCUUUAAUUUUAAACCAUUUGUUCAUUUUUAAUUUCGUUUAAAUACAUAAUGAUUUGUUAGUUUGCUGUUUGAUUUGGUAAUACAAAU